CUUAGUAGUUGCACCAAAUCGUUUAUCAAACAUUUCUCAACUGAAAUUUUAUUUGCAUAAUUAUGGUAUUAAUAAGUAUUCAUUAAUAAUAGCAAAUUAGCAUGAUUUUGUACAAACCUCUGUAUGUGUUACAUUACUUACAUAGACCUUGUGAUGUGCAUUUUUCUCACUCGUACCCCCUUCUCCCUAAUUUAUACCCACAAGAUUAGCUGACUCUGGUCGUACAUCCACGGGUUGUGACCUAAUCAUGGCGAUUUUAGCCACCUACCAAUUUUCUGCAUGUACUAAGUAAAUAAUCAAAACCUGCACCGUGAAAGUAACAUUUUUUCCCUUUAUAAGAUAUGAAUGAAGUGUUUUGAGUUUUAAAAGCAAAAUUAGGAAUGUAAAUGACCUCCACCUCUUAAAUUUGAACAAUCAAGUAGGAAUAUAUUAUUUUGACUUGUGAAUAUGAUAUUUUGACUUGUACAAGAUAUAUGGAAGUAUCCUCUUGCUUGCCCGUCUUUGAUUGGUUGGAAUAUAUUAUUUGAGAUUAGUUGGAAGAAUGAAUAUGAUAUUUUGACUUGUACAAGAUAUAUGGAAGUAUCCUCUUGCUUGCACGUCUUUGAUUGGUUGGAAUACAUUAUUUGGGAUUAGUUUGGAAGAAUUUAUUAUUUCGGAUUAAUUGGAGUAUGUUAUUUUGACCUGUAAAUAUAAUAUUUUGACUUGUACAAGAGAGAAGUGAUGGAUAGUUGAUAUAUACCUUCUGUAGUUGUAUGCAAUAUUUGCACUACCAAAAAAAGAAAGUAAAUUUUCUUGCUUUCACCAAGCCAAGAUUCAGUAAUAUUGUAAAUCAAUAUCUUCCUCUCCUCAUGGCUCAACCUUACAGAACUGCUUAUCAUUUUCAACCUCCAAGGAAUUGGAUAAAUGAUCCUAAUGGACCAAUGAUAUACAAGGGAAUAUAUCAUUUGUUUUACCAAUACAAUCCUGAAGGUCCACUAUGGGGAAACAUUGCAUGGGGUCAUUCUACUUCAACUGAUCUUGUCAACUGGACUAUUCAUCCUCCUGCACUUUCGCCUUUAGACCCAUAUGACAUCAAAGGUUGCUGGUCAGGUUCCGCCACAAUUCUCCAAGAUGGCACACCAGCUAUACUCUACACUGGAGGCGACUCAGAAAAAGUUCAACUUCAAAGUCUAGCCGUGCCCAAAGAUCCAUCCGACCCUUAUCUUGUCGAAUGGGUUAAAUCGCCUCAUAAUCCAAUCAUGACACCGAAUAAAGAGGAGAAAGAAUUGCUUAGGGACCCAAGCACGGCGUGGUUAGGCCUCGAUGGGAUUUGGAGAGUUAUUAUAGGGAACGAAAGAAAAAAAAGAGGAACUGCUCUUUUAUACAAAAGCAAGGAUUUUAUUCACUGGACCGAAGCAGAACGACCCCUGCAUUCGACAGAUGAAACUCCAAUGUGGGAAUGUCCUGAUUUUUUUCCUGUAUCUAUUGACGGUCAAAAUGGACUUGACACUUCAGUAAUUUCGCAAGGGGUUAAGCGUGUGUUUGGUAUGCCAGAAAGUGUUUUCUGGAUAAUGCUUUCCCAUUUUUCCUUGUUUGGUUGCACUAAAUAUAUUGCAAAAUGUUUUCUUACAAAAAAUGUUUCCCCUAAAUAUGUACUCAAGAAUAGUGUGGCUCGUUCUUCUGUUGAUUAUUACACCAUCGGAACCUAUGACCAUCACAACGAUAGAUAUAUACCAGAUGAGGGAUCUGUAGAUAAUGAAUCAGGAUUAAGAUUGGAUUAUGGAAGGUAUUAUGCUGCUAAGUCUUUCUUUGAUAGUGCUAAGAACAGGAGGAUCUUCAUUGCUUGGGUUAACGAGGCUACUACAAGUGAUGAAAUAGCUAGCGCCAGAGGAUGGUCUGGUCUUCAGUCAUUUCCUAGAGAAAUUUGGCUCGAUAGAGCUGGAAAGCAAUUGAUUCAGUGGCCUAUCGAAGAAAUCGAAACGCUAAGGACAAACAAAGUCGAGUUAGAAAAUAUAACACUAAAAGCAGGUUCAAAGACUGAAAUCUCAGGUGUUACCGGUGCACAGGCGGAUGUAGAAAUUUCCUUCUCAAUCCCAAUGGCAAUGCUCGAGCAGGCAGAGGUGCUGGAAUCAAACUCGACUAAUCCACAAGAGAUAGCCAACCAAACUGGUUCAUUAACCAACACUGGUGUAGGACCUUUUGGGUUGCUAGUCUUGGCCUCAAAUAACAUUGAAGAACAUACUGCAGUGUUCUUUAGAAUUUUCAAAAAGAAUGACAAAUUUGUUGUGCUAAUGGGCUGUGACCUAAAAAGGUCAUCUUUGGGUAAUGAGUAUGAUAAUAAAAUCAAUUAUGGAGCCUUUUUGAAUGUUGAUCCUGUUACAGAAAAUUUGUCGCUGAGGACUUUGAUCGAUCAUUCCAUAGUAGAAAGCUUUGGUGGAGGAGGAAAAGCUUGCAUCACAACAAGAGCUUAUCCUACUUUGGCCAUCAACGAUAAUGCUCAUAUAUUUGCUUUCAACAAUGGAUCCCAACAUGUUGAGAUCUCCUGUAUGAGUGCUUGGAGUCUAAACCAGGCUCAGAUCAACUAACCAAUAAGUUUAUAAGGGAUGAUCAUUAUCUUCCUAAUUAAUUUUAAGUUAAAACUCUUUAAGUUUUUUAAUUCACCAUCAUUGAAAGAUUUGGAGGUAUGAAGAAAGGUGUUCAUCAUUUUAUUUUACAGCUUGUUUGGAUGGUUGUAACCUAUUAUAUUGUAUUGUUAUUUUGAAUGCAAUGUUUGUUCUGAUUUUGUUA